UGUUGAUUGUUGGUUACAUGGCACAUAUGUGGCAGCCACAUCUGCGCCACGUCAGCUGCCACAUCAGAAUAUUAUUUUUAAAUUAAAAUUAAAAUUAAAUAAAAAUAAAAGCUAAUCUCUUUCUUCCUCAUCUCAUAUUCACCAUAGCCGCUCAAAUUUUGAAACACGAUGGACAGGGGAAAGAUUUUGUUCAACCUCGCUACAAAGAAGGAAUUGUGUGUGGGAGAUCGAUCCACUGGGCCUCCCAAUCAUGACCCUGCAAUCACGCUCCUCGCCCUUCCCGCCGCCGCGGCCCGACCUAGCUGCUCGUCCUCCCCUUGCGCUCCUCCCUCUGUCAGAGCGAGAACAAGCUUGCUCCUCCCUCCGCCAAUUCCAAAUCGACUGCGCUGGUGGGAGACCCUUCUCCAAAUCUCCACCUCCUUUCUCCCUCUUCCUCUUAUCUAGCCUGCAAAAUAUGCCGCCGCCACCGCCAGAAGAAUCGCCGCCGGGAUGUGAGGAUGCCAUGGAUUAUUCCUCGACCCUCGUUUUCGUCUCCAUGGGUAAUAUCUUGGAGGGGAUCAAGGCGACCCGCUUGCAAUCCCUAAUUUCGAGUUUGGGGAUCUGGACGGGAUUGACGGCAGAGAGAUUUGCUACUUGUCGGGACCUGCAACUGGAGAAAGGGGUGUUGCUGAAGUGGGGAGCUGAGUUCGGAAGGACGCUACGGAUUUGUAUGGUCGCUGGUUGGUGGGAUUUGUCCAGUAAAAGUGAAGAACCGUCGCCGCCGUCCACCCUUGGCAAGUACCCUUCUCCAUGCUUUUCCUGGAUUUGCGUCAACGGGUGGAAGGGUUGCACGGCUGCCGAAAACCCCAAAUCCCACCGUAACAGAGGAUGGCGACACGAUGAGCUUGGCGGCGACGGGGGUCGAUGUUCACUUCGAGGUGCUCUGCGGCGGCGAUUAUGGAGCGGAUAGAAGGGGAUUAAUUUUAGGGUUGGGAGGAAUCCACAAAUCAUAUAUGUUUUUGUUUUUUAUUUUUGUAAUUUUCUUUUUUUUUUAUAUAUGAAAAUAAUUAUAAAUUAAUAUUAUGAAUUCCA